AUGGAAGCUUCAGGCUUCUUCAGAGAUUUGUCGUCCGCCGUAGAGCCAAGAAUACUUCCAGCAAGAGAGAAGGAAGCUGUGAGAAAGCCAGUAAACACAGUCGAACUGAACGUGAGAAAUACUUCUGGGAUCCCAGUACAAUCCACAAAUGGUAGUGAUGUGGAUUGCAAUCGGAUUUUAGUAACAUUAAAAUCUGAAAAUUCUGAGCAGAAGCAAUCGCCUACCAAGCGUUCUGAACUGUUGAAUUGA